CCGUUUUCGUCGUUAAAAAGGAGAAAUGGCGUCUGCGGCGGCAGAGCUGGUUGUCGAGAGGGAACCGGAACCGUUGAUGGAGAUGACGGACGUGAACAGGACGUUCAUGGGCGUGGGUGCCCAAGGACUGGUCCGUAUGGCCCUCGAUCAAUACACGGAAAUACUGACCACGAUCUCGGACCCCCGUGUCAGCGACUGGCCCCUGAUGGACUCCCCUAUCCCGACCUUUCUCAUCGUGGUUCUCUACCUGUACGGUGUGACGAUAUUCGGACCGCGAGUGAUGGCGAACAGGAAGCCCUUCAAGCUCAGGGGAGCUUUGGUUGCGUACAACGCGUUCCAGGUGGUCUUCUCGCUGGGAAUGAUGUACGAGCACCUGAUGUCCGGCUGGCUCUUGGAUUACAGCUACAAGUGUCAACCGGUGGACUAUUCCCACAACCCGUCCGCGUUGCGAAUGGCGAACCUCUGUUGGUGGUACUUCAUCAGCAAGUUCACGGAAUUCGCUGACACGAUAUUCUUCAUUCUGCGUAAGAAGGACAGCCAAGUAACCUUCUUGCACCUGUACCACCACUCUCUGACACCCUUGGAGACGUGGAUCUGCGUGAAAUUCAUCGCCGGUGGCCACGGCACCCUGGGCAAUCUUAUAAACAAUGCCGUACACGUGAUAAUGUACAUGUAUUACAUGGUGUCCGCGAUGGGACCCGAGUAUCAAAAAUAUUUGUGGUGGAAGAAGCAUCUAACCACCGUGCAGCUGGUGCAGUUCUUUCUGGUGUUCGUGCACAGCGCCCAGGCCUUGGUGUUCGACUGUGGUUACCCGAAGCUGAUAGCAGCGCUUCUUCUGCUUCAUUCGACGAUCUUCUUCGUCUUGUUCUCCGACUUCUACCAGCAGGCGUACAGAAAAGCCCGAACGAAGAAGACGCUGAAGGACGAAUAAACGGGGGAACCUUUAAACGCGCACAUUACCGAAUUCGUCUCCGAUAAAUCC